AUGAAGAGACUGCAGCUUCUCCGAUGGAGCGGUUCAGUACUUUCACCGCGGAUACGGCCUACCACGAGGUGGGUGUCUCCGGCUCCGCAUCAGCUUUUUUUCACAGCUAUACGACAGCAGUCUUCCGCAUCAUCUAGUGUGUUAACGGAAGAAACUGAGCCUUACGAUGAUGAGCAUUCUUCAAAUAUCCAUAUAACCCGAACACCAACACCUCCCUCACCACCCGUCGAGGCUGCUUUGAACUCCCCUAAACUCGCUGCCCUACAUGCUCGACUCUCUCUACCACGACGAUUACCUCUUCAAACACUGGCCCGCACCCUUGUAGAUGAGUCUGUCGAUCCCUCACCGCAAUUCAACAAUAAAUCGUUGUCAAUACUGGGUGGUGACCUCUUGACAUACUACACCUCCGAACAUUUGAUAAGCACCUAUCCACGACUCCCAAUUAAAGUUCUCUGGGCUGCAAUGUAUUCAUACAUUGGAGCAAAACCGCUUGCAGCCAUGACUAGGGAAUGGGGUCUGGAAUUCAUAGCUGAUCCUGGGGCCGAAGUCGACCCGGGUUUCCUACAAUUUAAGCGGCUUCCACCAGAUACAGAAGUCAAAACCAACGCAAACGGCACGUUCCUCAAACCAGAUGGUAAUUUAUCGAAACGCAGUACGAGUGCAAGGAUUAUAUACGGCGACGCUUUUGGCGAAUCUGCACUUCCAUACCCCGUUCAAUAUGAAGGCGUCACACCCAACCGAGCAUGUGCGAACUUCGUCCGCGCCGUCAUGGGCGCUGUCUACCUACACGCCGGUCGACCAGCCGCGAAGCUGUUUUUUAAAGAACACUUCAUGAGUCGGUAUCUUAACAUGGCGUCAUUAUUUAGCUUCCGGCAACCAACGCGGGAUCUCAGCAAGCUUUGCCGUCGGGAAGGGUUUGAAGAUCCCGUUGCGAAAAUCCUUAGUGAGACAGGUCGUUUGAGCAACCGUCCCGUCUUCAACGUGGGUAUUUUCUCCGGGCCGGACAAGCUUGGUGAGGGAGCCGGAGGAAGUUUGAGUGAAGCGCGUUUCAGAGCAGCAGCAGCAGCGCUCAAGGGGUGGUAUCUAUACAGCCCCCUUGGGAUUAGAGUCCCCAGCUCGAUGGAAGAGGAAGGUGCAGAGCCAUGGAAACCAGUAUAUAUUGAUCCUGGUGAAGUCAUUGUGUAA